UUUAGCCGUCGUAGGGUGUGUAGUCAACUCCGGUUAACCAACCGGAGAAUCCAUUUUCCUUGCCAAUUAGCUUUAAAGCGGUGAAAUUCUAAAAUUAGACAAUCGGAGCAAAGGAGCGUAGAAGCAUGGAGUCAGCCACUAUACGCGUCCAAAAAUUUUCACGGUCGGGGCGACCCAUAAAACCAAAAAUUUUUGAAGAUGGAGCGAUUUUCUGGUCUUGCAAAACAAUGCAGACAUCACCUGAGACAGAUGUACGAUUAGAAGGCAACUGGACUGUGAAUAUUGAAAAACUUGACUAUGAUGCUGAUACUGAAAACGGGACCCAGUUUGAUGAUUCUGUCGAUAACUUAACAAAUCCUGAGGCUGCUAAUAAAGAAAAUAAUACAAAUUCUCUUAAUGAUGCUAAAAAGAAGUUGUCUUCAGACAGUGAGGCUGAGCUGCACAAAGACAAAUUACUUACUGGUGAGCUCUCAGAUACUGAUACGAGCGAUGAAGAGGGAAGGUGCGAGAAGAUAACAACCUGCUCGAGGCCAAAAGAGAAGAGGAGAAGAAUCAAGGCGGUUAACUCAAGUUCAGAUUCUGAUGAAGAUGCUAAAAACAAAACUGUUGAUGGUGAAAGUCCUAUGAAAGGAAGGAAGAAAAUCAAGCACAUGUUAAAAGACGAGGAGCUGGAAGAAGGAACCAAAGAAGCUGCAAAAGAGGAGGAAGAACGUCUUAAACGAAUUGCUCCUAGGCAAAAAAUGUAUGAAGAACUCUAUGAUAAUGUUCAAAAAGAAUUUGCUGUCUCGGAUCAAUUAAUCCUUGAUUUUGAUGAAGAAACAAAGGAGCCUCUUGUGGAAGUGAAUAAAUCUCUUGUGAAGAAAUUGAAACUCCAUCAGGCAAAAGGUGUAAAGUUCAUGUGGGAUGCUUGUUUUGAAUCCUUGAAAAGAACAAAGGAACAAAGCAACAAAGGAUCUGGAUGUAUUUUAGCUCACUGUAUGGGACUGGGAAAAACAUUUCAGGUUGUUACUCUUGUACACACACUAUUUAAACAUCCAGAAACCAAUGUUAACACUGUUCUGGUUGUUUGCCCUGUCAGCACAGUUCUUAAUUGGGUAAAUGAAUUUGAUAAGUGGCUUAGUGGAGUUGAGGAGGGACCCAGUAUCGGAGUUCAUGAAUUGACAAGGUGCAAGCAAAAUAUGGACCGUUCUUAUCGGUUGAGAGAAUGGAGGGAAGAAGGUGGGGUGAUGGUAAUUGGAUAUGAUAUGUAUCGUAAUCUUACCAACCCAGAUUCAAAACGAUUCAGACCCUCUAUUAUGAAAACAUUCCAAGAAAGCCUUGUUGAUCCUGGCCCAGAUUUGGUUAUAUGUGAUGAAGGACAUCUACUGAAAAAUGAAGAUACUGGUAUUUCUAAAGCUAUGACUAGAGUUAAGACUCUUCGUCGUGUAAUUCUCACUGGUACACCCCUUCAAAAUAACUUGAAAGAAUAUCAUUGCAUGGUGCAGUUAGUGAAACCUAAUCUCCUUGGUAAUAGGAAAGAGUUCCUUAACAGGUUUGUUAAUCCUAUUACCAAUGGACAGUUUGAAGAUUCAACUGCCCAUGAUGUAAGAUGCAUGAAAAGGAGAGCUCACGUUCUUCAUAAAACACUUGAGGGAUCUGUUCAGCGGUUUGAUUACUCUGUUUUGACUCCAUUUUUGCCUCCAAAAGAGGAGUAUGUGAUAUCCAUUCGAAUCUCAGAUUUGCAAGAGAAACUUUACAAACAUUACUUAGAGCAUUUCUCAAGCAGAGGUUACCAGGGUAAAGGAGCGCAGUUGUUUGCUGAUUUCCAGAGUUUACAGAAGAUUUGGACUCAUCCUCGAGUCUUGAAAAUGUCUGCUGAACGGAAUGAUCUAAAAGCAGAAAAAGAGGAUGAAGAGAUGAGAGAUUUUAUUGAUGAUGGAGAUGAAAGUGAUAGUAAUACUACUGAAAUAUCAGCUUCGUCGAAGUCGUCUGAUGAUGAUGAUGUAGUAUGCCUCAGUGAUGGAUCAAAUAAACAGAAGAAGAAAUCAAAAGAAUCGAAGAACGUUGGGAGGAAGACCAGGUCAAACAAAACUGAAGAUAUUGAAGACCCUGAACCUCCCGCACCAACAAAGCAUGGAGAGUGGUGGGAGACUUUCGUCCAAGAGAGUGAUCUGGAAGACCUGAGAGCUAGCCCUAAGAUACAGAUACUGUUUUCUAUUCUCAAGGACUGUGAAGAAAAGAAAGAGAAACUGCUCGUUUUUAGUCAAUCGUUAUUUUCAUUGGACAUUAUUGAGUAUUUUUUGGCAAAAAUUGAUACUGCAACAAAGAACGAUGAUGUCAAUGAGCUCGUUGACGGUCAUCGCGGGUCUUGGUCACUAGGCAAAGAUUAUUUCCGUCUAGAUGGUUCAACUCCAACUGAAACACGUAGUACCUCGUGUAACAUUUUUAACAGAACAAGUAAUCUUAGAGCAAGACUGUUUUUGAUUUCAACUCGAGCUGGUGGUCUUGGAAUCAACCUUGUGGCUGCUAACAGAGUUAUAAUAUUUGAUGCAUCCUGGAAUCCAUCUCAUGAUGUGCAGAGUAUUUUUAGGGUCUAUCGUUUUGGACAAAAAAAGCCUUGCUUUAUCUACAGAUUCCUUGCUCAGGGUACAAUGGAAGAGAAAAUUUAUGAGGGACAGGUCACCAAAUUGUCAUUAGCUGGUCGAGUUGUAGAUGAACACCAGAUUGAGAGAUAUUAUAAAAUGGCAGACCUGCAGGAAUUGUAUCAGUUCACUCCAGCAGACCGUUCUACAUUUGAGUCACCAAAACUCCCAAAGGAUCGAUUGUUUGCUGAAAUUCUAAAACAACAUGCUGCAUUAAUUGUGAAAUACCAUGAGCAUGACUCUCUUCUAGAAAACAAGGAAGAAGAAGAGCUAAGUGAAAAAGAAAGGAAAAAAGCAUGGGAAGAUUAUGAAAAGGAGAAGAAGGGACCAGAGUCGUCUUCAAAGCAUCUGACAUCACAAUGCCCGCACUGCAAAUUGGCAUUAAAAAAUUGGCUUACUUUUGAAAAACAUGUUAAGAAUUGUAGGGGGGUGAAAGAGAAAGACCCCAAAGAUAAGACCCCACCUGAAGAUGACGACAAAGAGAGAAAGUGAAUCAUAUGCUUGACCUUAUUCAAGGGAACUCGAGCAUUGAGGGAACACAUGGAGGUUUACCAGCCAAAAAAAGGGCCAAGUCAUGUAUGUAGGGACGUAUGUAGGCCUACGUACACCGGAUGAGUAUCGGUGUACAAGUGGUGCCGAAGAACAAUGGCGAGCGAGUACCCCCGGUGGAGGUUUCUGAGGACGCUUUUGACGCGUGGUUGGAUGCUUGCAGCGUCUAAGGGUAAUAUUAUGCCAAACCACUGUUAACCAAAGACCCUUUAGUCAUUAAGCACUGUUCUGGCAACAUUUUCAUUAAUAUUGUGACUUCAUUUGUAUCACAGAUGUUUUAUUUUUUCCUAUUUUUUCAUAAAAAUAUAUAUAUAUGUAAUAUUCCAUUAAGGAGAUUUUUGAAAUCAUCAUCAGAGCAUGUUACAGAAGAAUAUACUUGCCAUUUCUAGUUUUAAGUAUAAUUUACCUUAGGUAAACUUCAGCUGAAGUAUUUCUUCUAUCCGUCCUUGUCUUGUUAGUUAGUUAUUUUGGAGGAAAAGAAUAAUCAAUGAAAUGAGUCAUGGCAGAAAAACAACAGAGAACAGAGUAUCAUGUCAUUGGUAUGCAAAGCCUGGUUGUAUUAUAUGUGUUGUGCUGGAACGAAUGCUGUGAUAUGUCCUCUCCUAUUGUUUUUCUGCUGUGUUAAAUUGUCAUUAGUAUAAGGUGAUGAUUCUUUUGUAAAGUAAGUUAAUGGUGUUGAAUGUAAAUGCCAUUGUUAAUGAGUGGUAGGGAAACCAGUUGUGCAGCCUGACAUAAUACUGUUACUGUUCUUGGUGGUUUUCCUGCACAUUGUGCUAAUACAUUAGCACAGCAGAAAAACAAUGGAGAACAGAGUGUCAUGUCAUUGGUGCGCAAAGCCUGGUUGUAUUAUAUGUGGUAUGCUGGAACGAAUGCUGUGAUAUGUCCUGUCCUAUUGUUUUUCUGCUGUGUUAACUUGUCAUUAGCAUAAUUGUUAUUCUCCUGAAAUUAUUAAUCUAUACGGGUAUAAAUGUUACUUCCAAUAAUUAUGUCUUAGACUGAGUAGCUUUUUAGUUUCAUAUUAAAAGACUGAAAUAUUCCAAC